AAUUAAAUUAGGCAAAAUCUUACUACUUUAUACUCCUCGAUGAACCUUUCUCCAUGUGUAUAGUAAUACAAUUUUAUUUGUGAUAAAAAUUAAUUGCUUGCAUAGUUCUUCUCAUUCUCAACUCAUCUCCUAACUCAUUACUCAAAUCUGUUACACCAAAAUUCAAUUUCUCUAAUCAAUUAGUUAAAAUUAUUCAAACUCUAGGAGCAUGUUUGAUUGGGGGAAUAGGAAUGCAUUCCCCCUAUUCGGUGGGCCCACCACCAAACCAACGUUUGGUUGGCUGUAAUGCCAUUACAGUCUGAUUCCAUUCAGACCCUAUUACAUGAAAAGGCUGUAAUAGCCAUUCCUUGCCCACAUAUCCGAUUGGCUAUUCCAUCCGGCUCUCUUUUUCCAUUUUCCAAUUUUUGCCCUCCUUCAUCUUCUCCUUUACUUUCUUGCCAUAUUUCAGAUUUUCUCAUUCAUCUUCUCCCACAGAUCUCCAUGGUUCUCGAGGCUACUAUGAUAUGCAUUGAUAACUCAGAAUGGAUGCGAAACGACGAUUAUUCUCUGUCUCGAUUUCAAGCCCAAGCUGAUGCUAUUAGUCUUAUUUGUGGAGCUAAAACCCAAGUAAAAUGAUUGCCUUUUAAUGGAAUGUAAAAUUAUGGGAAUUUGAUUUCAUUUAAUGAAUUAAUGGCAGUCUAAUCCGAAGAAUACGGUAGGGAUUUUGACUAUGGUGGGAAAAGGAGUACGUGUAUUGGCUACUCCUACUAGUGAACUUGGAAAAAUCUUGUCUUGCAUACAUGGUACUUAUUUUUUUUAGUCAUGUUUGGAGACUAUUAGAACCUUAGAAGUACGUGUAUUGCUUUACCAUUGCACUCCUAAAGAGAGAAAUUGGGUUCGAACUUAGAACCUUAGAGACAAACCCAAAAGGAUUAGUCUUUAUGAACUUAUAACGGACAUGGAGGAUACUUUAUUUACUUCUAAUAAGAAAAAUUGACGUAUAUGUGGAAGGAAAACAGCAUUAAUAGUUUUACGGCUUGAUAUUUGGAUCAUACGAGUACUUUACUUUACUUAACUUUAGCAAAUUUGUACCAUGACCUAUGUAAAGCAUGCAGUUCUGUGAGAAAUCCAUGUUUGAUAACCUCUGUGAAAGACGAGCAGCUUUUUAUUAGAGUUUAGAAAUGGAGAACUUGUCAUUGCUGUUGGGUUUCAGGAGUUAUAUUUAGUGUAGCUUGUCAUUUUUAUGCAAAAGUAGCAUGUAAUUAAUGAGUAAUCUAUGAUAUUUUAUUUACAUAUUUCUGAAUUAAAAGUCAUCUUCCUUCCACUCUAUUAGCUAUGUCAUCAUCGUUACCUUCUUAUUCUCCAUGUACGUUUCAAUG